CCUUCCUGGGAAUUCUAGCUUUCAAAACUUGUUGAAACAAGCUGCAGUAUGAUGGCAGCAGGUCGCAUGCCUGGUUGGAUUUGAUGCAUGAAAUUUGCAUGACUCCUAACGUUCAGUUUCUGGAUUUGACAGUGAACAAGCAUGGCUCAUCCAGUGAAUGCUAAUGGUGGUUUUACAGAAAAAGAUGAAAAUACUCUGAGUGGGGAAGAUGACAGAGACCAGAAAGAUCCUUAUUUUGUGGAAACACCGUAUGGUUACCAGUUAGACUUGGAUUUUCUCAAAUAUGUGGAAGAUAUUCAAAAAGGAAACACUAUAAAAAAACUAAACAUUCAGAAAAAGAAGAAAGUGACACCAACUUUUGUGACUGGCAAAAACACGGGUAUCCAGUACAGUGGAUGGACUUCAAAUGAAUCUCUUUCUUCAUCCAACAGUGAUGAAAACAAACAUUCAUCAUCCCUCUUUGCAGCACGAAGCCAAGCAACAACAUCAGUCUGCACAAGACCAUCUUUGUCUUUUGAAGCUUCUCCAAACUGUUUAACCAUCCCUGAAAGCAAACAGCUACUGCCUCCCUCACCACAGCUGCCUAGACACAACCUUCAUGUCACCAAAACUCUAAUGGAAACACGGAGACGACUGGAACAGGAAAAGAUUGCAAUGCAGGUGAUCCCAGGAGAAACCCGAAGGCCCAGGCUUUCCAGUUUUGGAGCCAUGGGUUCAACAAGCUCACUUCCCUCCUUUGUUGGAUCCACUGGGCACAAUCAGAUGUCUCAGCAGUUUCAGAAUGGGCAUCAGGGAAAUGGAGACUACAAUGUUUAUCUAACAUCCUCUUUGGGCAGUUCCAUCAGACAUAGUCCUUUGAGUUCAGGUAUCUCAACACCUGUGACCAAUGUUAGCCCAGUUCACCUGCAACACAUCAGGGAACAAAUGGCUAUUGCGCUCAAACACCUCAAGGAGCUUGAGGAGCAAGUGAAGACCAUUCCUGUGCUUCAGGUUAAGAUUUCAGUAUUGCAGGAAGAGAAAAGGCAGAUGAUGGCAAAGCUCAAAAGCCAAAGAAUAGUCAACCAGAAUGACACAGGCCAUUUCAGAAAGAGGUCUUACAGUGCAGGAAAUGCAGAACAGUGGAAGCAUCUCUCUCCAGUCAGGAGGGGUGGGGAACUUUAUAUAGAUUGUGAGGAAGAAGUGGGGAGUGUGGAACAGAGCUCAGAAAAGGUAGAAGAGUUUAGGAAGUUGACUGCUGAAAUGCAAGCCUUAGAGAAGAAAAUACAGGACAGCAACUAUGAUACCCCUUCUAACCUGAGAGUGAACCGUGAAAGUGUAAUGAAAGAAAAGAAGUCUGUUGCUGUGGGUACGGAGGAAAAUAUGAAUGAUAUUGUUGUGUAUAACAGAACUUUGAGAGUGUGCAGGGAUGUAGCAAUAGGGACUGAGAACAAAACUAAAGAUUCUAGCGUUGGAGUGACAGAGGGGAUGCUUGGCCUGUCUACAGAGGCUGAGCGGGAAAUAGAACUCCAGCAGCAGACGAUUGAAGCCCUUAAAGAGAAAAUCUACCGGCUGGAGGUUCAGUUGAGGGAAACAACUCAUGACAGGGAAAUGACCAAAUUAAAGCAUGAGCUUCAGGCAGCUGGGUCUAGAAAAAAAGUGGACAAAGCACUGAUGGCUCAGCCUCAUGUCUUCAGCAGGGCAGUGGAGGCAGUGGUACAGACAAGAGACCAAAUGGUAGGUGGUCACGUGGACGUUGUUGAUUCAUGCAUAGGGAGCUAUCUCCAGAUGAGUGAUGUUGGAGUAUCCUGUAGGCCUGUGUUACAGAGUGCAGCUGUAGGGCCAGAUGUGCCAAUGAAUUGGUGGAUUGUAAAGGAGAGGAGAGAAGUGUGCAACCAGUGUGUUGGGAGAUCUGUUGAGAUGUGCAACAAGAGUGUGGGAACAGAUAUGAGCAUCUGCGAAACUGGAGUCAAUACAGAAGAAUCUGUGGACAGUCUAAGCUUGCACAAAUUAGAGCUGAAAGUUGAAGUGAGGUCUAUAGGCUGUGGGGAUUGUCUGACAGACUGUCCAUCAACAGAGACUGUGUCCUGCAGCACGAACACGGAAACUGGUUGCAAAGUGGAUUCUGGAGUCAUGGCAGUGCCUUGUACAGCUACCCAGGGAACCAAUACAGUAUUAGAAAAGGAUAACCAAUUCACCAACACAGAAAUGGUUUCCUUAACUGACUCCAGCACCAACACUUUGCUGAGUACUUAUGAUAAACAGACAAACACCGUUAUUGUGGAAAUGCGGACCGUGGCUGUGGGAGAUGGUAGGGUAAAGGACAUAAAUACAGCUCCUAAAACUCGUUCCAUUGGUGUUGGAACGCUGCUUUCUACCAUGGACGGCUUUGAAAAACCUUCUCUACCAAAGACCAAAGAUACUGGAGUGGGGCAGAUCAGUAUUAAUGAGAACUAUCUAGUUGGCCUGAAAAUGAGAAACAUUGCCUGUGGUCCCCCUCCAGUGUCAGUAGUGCCUGCCAGCACUAGAAGCAUUGGUGUUGGGGAUGAAUCUGUGUGUGAAUCAGGAAGUCUGGUGCUGGACAAUCCAUUCCCUCUCCCUGAGAUGAGGACUGGCUUAGAUCACUACAUAGAGCGGGUUCAGAAGCUGGUUCAAGAGCAGCAGAUGCUUCUUGCCGAAAACUACUCUGAGCUAGCAGAAGCUUUUGGAGAGCCUCAUUCACAAAUUGGGUCUCUCAAUUCUCAGCUCAUCAGCACCCUCUCGUCAAUCAACACUGUCAUGAAAUAUGCAAGCACUGAGGAGCUGCGCAGCUUAGAUGUUCCAAAACAGUGCAUGGACAAAACUGCUACAAAAGAAGAUAAUUUGCUGUAUGUCCCUCGUGGCCACGUUGGCAGUUCCUGUUUAGUUUCAAGCUCUCAUGUGUCGAAACUAGGACCAGAGGUUGGGACCAUAAGUAAGGAGAAGGCUGCCAUGGUAGGGACAGGACAGGACCAGAAAGCCUCACCUUCCCAAGACAGCACUAUGUCUCCAAUUAAUCUUACGGAUGACCAGCUUGCUUCUGGACUUUAUGUAUGUUCAAAUGAGAGCAUGUUGAAGUCAAUCAUGAAGAAGAAAGAUGGGAACAAAGAUUUGAAUGCAAAGAAGAAUCUUCAGUUUGUUGGUAUAAAUGGAGGGUAUGAAACAACAUCGAGUGAUGAUUCUAGUUCAGAAGAAAGUUCCUCUUCAGAGUCUGAUGAUGAGUGUGAUGGGAACGGGUAUGUUCAAAUUGAGGAGAACGGCAGCUUACUCAAGGUAGACGGACAGCAAAGGCUAAACAAAGAAGAUAUAAAGUCUGUCCAUGUGGAAGAACAGCAUCAGGUUCAAGAGGCUGAACCUGAAAAAGUGGAAAUCCGUGAGAGAUAUGAGUUGAGUGAAAAGAUGUUGUCUGCGUGCCAUCUGCUUAAAAGCAGCAUUGAUGACCCAAAGGCAAUGGCCAGUAAAGAGAUAAGAUUUUCUUUAAACACCAUCCAACAUGAGUGGUUUCGUGUGUCAAGUCAAAAGUCGGCUGUUCCUUCAAUGGUUGGGGACUACAUUACUGCUUUUGAAGAGGUUUCUCCUGCAGUCCUUAGACAUGUGAUCAAUAUGGCAGAUGGAAACGGCAACACUGCUCUCCAUUAUAGUGUCUCCCACUCCAAUUUUGAAAUUGUGAAAUUGCUUUUGAAUGCAAAUGUCUGCAACGUAAAUCACCAGAACAAGGCUGGGUAUACCCCCAUUAUGCUGGCUGCUCUUGCAGCUGUGGAGGCUGAGAAAGACAUGAGAAUAGUGGAAGAGCUCUUUGCCUGUGGAGAUGUGAACGCUAAAGCCAGUCAGGCUGGUCAAACUGCUCUGAUGCUUGCUGUGAGCCAUGGUCGAAUAGAUAUGGUGAAAGCUUUGCUGGCCUGUGGAGCAGAUGUCAACAUCCAGGAUGAUGAGGGCUCGACUGCCUUGAUGUGUGCUAGUGAACAUGGACAUGUUGAAAUAGUUAAACUCUUGCUAGCUCAACCUGGAUGUAAUGGAACCUUGGAGGACAACGAUGGCAGCACAGCGCUUUCGAUAGCUCUUGAGGCAGGGCACAAGGAUAUAGCUGUUCUUCUCUACGCUCAUGUAAACUUUUCCAAAACCCAGUCCCCGGGAACGCCGAGGCUUGGAAGAAAGCCAUCUCCUGCUCCUACCCUUAGAGGCACAUUUGAUUGCUAGCUACAAAUACAUAUAUACUCUCAAUGUCCACCUCUCUCAAGCUGCUAGUAGUUACUGUUUUACAGUGACAGAUAUUGAAUGUAAUUGUAUUGUGCCUGAGCUCACCAGCAAUCUGAAAGCAGACAGAUUAAUACCAAUUUGGGGGGGGGGGUUAGGACACUAUCCUUGCUGAUAUUACUUAGCAUAAGUGCACCACAGUGUGGCUGCCAGGUGGAAUCUUUACAUUGCUCCCUGUGGCCACACAGAUUAGGCAUUCUUUUCCACACUUGCUGCAGGACUGCAAAGGUUUUGUGGUUGUGCAUAGAAAACCAUCUGAUUUUGUGGCAAGAUGGUAGAUAUGUAAUACUUGCUGUGUGGGAAUAGUUGUAAGAAAUUGCCUCUGUGUGGCAGCUGUUGGCCUCUGACUACUUUUACCCAUCUUUUCAACCUUCAGGAAAUAGCACAGAAAUCCUAUUUUUCUUUGAUGCAGAAUAUAUAUCCCCCUGCUAUGUUACAUACGUUUAAGUGUUUUAAGCUAUCUGUUAGCUAUGACUAUUCCCCACCCCACCCCAACACAUCUUGUUGGCUUUUUAAAAUGGUGUUCUUAAUUAAUAUUUAUGUUUGCUUUUGCUGGGAUUGUUGGCAUCAUAAACAUCAUUCCGAAAUAGUUUAGUUCCAUUGCAAUGCUUAGUUUAAUCUAAAAGGCGGCUACUGCUUACCUUGCCAGCUCUUUGGAAUGUUGGCUGGUGGGCUGAUGGCUUCACAGUGAAAGACAAGCCACGGUCUCUUCUGAAAUAAACGGUUGCUGCCGAUUUGUAUAGCUUUUAUAUUGAAGAUUAAGAGACAGUAUUUUUGACAUUUUUAUUCCAUAAUAAAGAAAUACAUUAUACAUAACUGUUACUAGGUUUUUAUUAACUGUCUACAUGAUCUCUGAGGUAUGUUGGAGGAUGCGUAGCAAUAAUGUUUGCUGUUCAUCUCCAGUGGAACCAAACAUUGUUCUAGGCAUGUCUAUAUGGAAAACCCUGUCACGUUCACUUCAGUCAUAUGUAUUUAAAUGUUUGAAGUGCCUUAGACUCUUGCCAUAUUUUCAAAAUAAAAAUUCCUUAUGAUAUUUAU